UAGAAACGUCUCAACCCGCUUGUGUCUCGAUAGUUUAGGGCUUUAGCUUUUAGGGCUCUAUUAGUCAAAGCAUCCAAGGGAAGAAGAACAGGGAGGGGAGAGAGCAUAGCUGUUACUCGGAACCUCUUCGUGUCCACUGUCAACCAAAUUUCACUCUAUUCUUCUCACCGUUUAACAUUGACGAUCGUAGUGGAUUGCAAGUGGAAAGAUUGCAGGACUCAAAUGGAAGCUAAAUUCUUUCGUUUUCUUAAGAUUGUGGGAGUUGGUUUUAAAGCUAGAGCCGAAUUAGAAGGUCGCCUCUUGUACCUGAAAUUAGGUUACAGCCACGAGGUUGAAUUGACAGUUCCACCUGCUGUCCGCGUAUUCUGCUUCAAACCCAACGUCGUUUGUUGCACAGGAAUCGACAAGCAUAGGGUGCACCAGUUUGCUUCUGCUGUUCGAAGUUGCAAGCCUCCCGAAGUUUACAAAGGUAAGGGUAUCAUGUACAUCGAUGAAGUUGUAAAGAAGAAGCAGGGAAAGAAAUCUAAAUGAUCAACCAAAUAAGUCGGACUUGUUCCGAUUUAAUAGCAUGAAGCUUUUACCUAUGCGGUGUCCGAGUCUGCAAGGUUAGAAUGUAUCAAAGAGGUGUUUAUGUCUGCCUCAAAUAUCUUUGAAUGUCUAGGUUAAUGGAAACAAUUUUGUUUUGAGUUAAUCGAGUCUGAAACUUCAUAAAAAAAUAUUUUCUUGGCAUGGUAGAAUUUUCUUCUGUAGUAUGGUUUUCUGCUCCAGUUAUGAAUUGUGUGUUGUGAACAUGCCUGUAUACUGGAUAAUGUCUGCUAAUAAGAGAGCUUCUGUGCCUUAUUUUUUUCCCCGGUAA